UACAGAAGAAGAAUAAGACGUUUUCUCAAAGACAGCGUUCCUCUGCGUGUAAAGAUGCUGGUGCAGAUGUUCGUCCUGUCGGCGGUGUCCCUGUGGGCUCUGGCCGAGAACUUCCGCGCGGAGGCUGCGUUCUACAACCGCGAGCAUUCCGCCAACAUGGAAAACCACCUCCCCGGCGUCUCCCGCCCCGGCAACCACAGCUACACGUUCUAUGGGAUCAUGUUUGACGCCGGGAGCACCGGCACCCGCAUACACGUCUACACCUUCAUCCAGAAAGAUCCAGCUGAGCUGCCUGUUCUGGACAAUGAAAUGUACCAUGCAGUGAAGCCUGGGUUGUCCGCUUAUGCAGAUAAGCCAGACGUGGGCGGGGACACAGUUAGGCAGCUACUGAAGUUGGCCAAGAAGACAGUGCCUCGCUCUGAGUGGAAGAAAACCCCCGUGGUCCUGAAAGCCACAGCGGGGCUUCGUCUGCUUCCAGAGGAGAAGGCGAAGGCGCUGCUGGAAGAGGUCAAAGAAGUCUUUGGCGAGUCCCCGUUUCUUGUACCGAACAACAGCGUAUCCAUAAUGAAUGGAAAAAAUGAAGGUGUCUUGGCUUGGGUAACAGUCAACUUUUUGACAGGACACUUGUAUUCUAAUACAAGAAGGACUGUGGGAAUCUUGGAUUUAGGAGGAGGUUCAACACAGAUCACUUUCCUCCCGAAAUCCAAGAAAACAAUCAAUUCUGCCCCUCCGAGUUACAUUGCUAAGUUCGACCUGUUCAAUGGCUCAUAUGACCUAUACACUCACAGCUACCUUGGAAAUGGACUUGUAGCAGCUCGAUUGGCAACCCUAGGGGCUCUUGGUGCUGAUGGAUUAGAGUGGAAAGUCUUCACAAGCUCGUGCUUGCCCAAGAAGUUCAGAGAGGACUGGACUUUUGGUGGUAUCACUUACAAAAUCAGUGGAAUCCCUGAUGGUUAUGCAGGGUAUAAGCUCUGCUACUACGAAGUGAUGAGGGUUAUCAAGGGGAUUAUUCAUCAGCCGUACGAGGUGAAGGGGAGCAGCAUCUUCUAUGCCUUCUCUUACUACUAUGACCGAGCUGUGGAGUCAGGCCUCAUUGAUGGCAGUCGUGGUGGAGUUGUGGAAGUUAGGGAUUUCAAAAAGAGAGCUAAAGAAGUGUGCAACAAAAUGACUAAGUACCGUCCCAUUAGCCCCUUCCUGUGUAUGGACAUGACAUAUAUUACCUGCUUGUUAAAGGAGGGCUUUGGCUUCAAGGACAGUACAGUACUUCAGCUGACUAAGAAGGUGAACAAUGUGGAGACCAGCUGGGCUUUGGGAGCCACCUUCGACCACUUUCGCAACAUGAACAUCCACUGAGGGCAGUAAGGGGUCAUUGGCAGGGAGGUCAGAGGUCAUCACUGCCAGGCCUUUGUCUCACCUGCACCCAGGCUGCACUGCACUGCAGUUUUUUGUAAAACGACGCAUCGCCCUCACCAUGCAACCCACAAACUGAACUGUUGAUAAUGAAAUCACUAUAUUUUUUUAAGAA